AGCACCUAUCGAUGCUUCCCACACCGUCUGUGUCACCUUCGGUCCUUCUCUUUCUCCCUCAACUCGCCUUAUCCUACGCCCACUAACCUUCCUCUCCUCUUUUGUCUCGGAAUAUCCAUUAAGCUUUAGGGUUUCUCAGUAUUCCUCUACUCUUACCCUCAUUCUCUCGGCUUCUCUCCAUGCUUUUCAAAAUCCUAGGAUUUUGCUUCUUAAGAUUAUCUUCGCGUUCUCUGCGUCAUGGACCACAGGAGGCAAGCCAAAGACUCGCUCUCUUAUUCCAAUCUCUUUAAUCUUGAGUCUUUGAUGAACUUCAAAGUUCCACAACCGGAUGAUGACUUUGAUUAUUAUGGGAAUAGUAGUCAGGAUGAGAGCAGAGGUAGCCAAGGUGGUGCAAUGGCAAAUUAUGGUAAUGGAACAAUUUCAGACAGGGAUUUGAGUUUAGGUAAGAAAAAGAAGCGUUCUAACACAAGUGACGGAGAGGAGGGAGACGGAUACUACGGGGCGCAUAUCACAGAGGAGCGGUAUCGAUCAAUGCUGGGAGAGCACAUUCAGAAGUACAAAAGGAGGUUUAAGGAUUCUUCAUUAAGUCCUGCACCAGCGCCCUUACGUAUGGGGAUUCUUCCAAAGAGCAGUAUGGGUAGUUCGAAACCCAGGAAGUUGGGAAAUGAGCAGCGCGGAGGGCUGUAUGAUAUGGAAACAACAUCAGAAUGGCUCAGUGAUGUUACACCGCAAAAGCGUGGAGGGUAUGUUGAACCAGACUACAUACCCAAAAUAUCUUAUGAACCUGCUUAUUUGGAUAUUGGUGAGGGUAUCUCUUAUAGGAUACCUCCCUCCUAUGAUAAGUUGGCAGCAUCAUUGAACUUGCCAAGCUUCUCAGACAUCAGGGUAGAGGAAUUUUACUUGAAGGGAACCCUGGAUUUAGGGUCAUUGGCAGAAAUGAUGUCCAAUGAUAAAAGAUUUGGGCCUAGAAGCAGAGCAGGGAUGGGAGAGCCCCGGUCUCAGUAUGAAUCACUUCAGGCAAGAUUGAAGGCAAUGGCAGCUUCAAACUCAGGCCAGAAGUUCAGUCUGAAGAUAUCUGAUGCUGUUUUGAAUUCCUCCAUCCCAGAAGGGGCAGCCGGAAAUAUUCAACGGUCUAUUUUGUCGGAGGGUGGUGUGCUGCAGGUUUAUUAUGUGAAGGUUUUGGAGAAAGGAGACACGUAUGAGAUCAUAGAGCGGAGUCUACCUAAAAAGCCAAAGGUAAAGAAAGAUCCUGCUGUCAUUGAGAGGGAGGAAAUGGAGAAGAUUGGUAAGGUUUGGGUGAAUAUUGUAAGAAGAGACAUACCAAAGCAUCAUAGAAGUUUCACUAAUUUAAAUAGGAAGCAUCUGAUUGAUGCAAAGAGGUUCUCAGAGACUUGUCAAAGGGAGGUAAAAUUGAAGGUUAGUAGAUCACUCAAACUGAUGAGGGGUGCUGCAAUUCGCACUAGGAAGUUGGCUAGAGAUAUGCUGCUGUUUUGGAAGCGAGUGGAUAAGGAGAUGGCAGAAGUGAGGAAAAAGGAGGAGAGAGAAGCUGCUGAAGCUUUGAAGCGCGAGCAGGAGCUUCGAGAAGCAAAGAGACAGCAGCAAAGGCUUAAUUUUCUCAUACAGCAAACUGAACUUUACAGCCAUUUCAUGCAAAAUAAGCCAAAUUCACAGCCCUCUGAAGCUUUGCCUGUGGAAGAGGAGAAAUUAGGUGAAGAAGAAAUGCUUUUGAGCACUUCUGGAACUGGGCUUGGUGAUGAAGAAGACCCUGAGGAGGCUGAAUUGAGGAAAGAGGCUCUAAAAGCUGCUCAAGAUGCAGUUUCUAAGCAGAAAAAGUUAACAAGUGCUUUUGAUACUGAGUGCUCGAAGCUGCGUCAAGCUGCUGAUAUUGAUGCCUCAGUUGCUGGAUCCAGCGACAUAGAUCUCCAUAACCCCUCCACCAUGCCUGUUACAUCAACUGUUCAGACACCAGAGUUGUUUAAAGGUAGCCUUAAAGAAUAUCAACUGAAGGGUCUUCAGUGGCUGGUUAAUUGUUAUGAGCAGGGUUUAAAUGGUAUACUUGCUGAUGAGAUGGGCCUUGGAAAGACUAUCCAAGCUAUGGCAUUCUUGGCUCAUUUGGCUGAGGAGAAAAAUAUAUGGGGGCCAUUUCUUGUUGUUGCACCUGCUUCUGUCUUGAAUAACUGGGCUGAUGAAAUUAGUCGUUUUUGCCCCGACUUGAAAACCCUUCCAUAUUGGGGUGGCAUUCAUGAGCGAACGAUACUACGGAAGAACAUCAAUCCUAAGCGUCUUUAUCGAAGGGAGGCUGGAUUUCACAUUCUCAUUACCAGCUAUCAACUGCUAGUGUCUGAUGAGAAGUACUUCCGGCGUGUGAAAUGGCAAUACAUGGUGUUGGAUGAAGCCCAGGCUAUAAAAAGUUCCAGCAGUAUAAGAUGGAAGACAUUGCUCAGUUUUAAUUGUCGUAACCGCUUGCUUCUUACUGGUACACCAAUCCAAAAUAACAUGGCUGAGCUGUGGGCCCUUCUACAUUUUAUCAUGCCAACAUUAUUUGAUAGCCAUGAACAGUUCAAUGAGUGGUUUUCCAAAGGAAUUGAAAAUCAUGCAGAGCAUGGGGGUACUUUGAAUGAGCAUCAGCUUAAUCGGUUGCAUGCAAUUUUGAAGCCUUUUAUGCUACGAAGAGUAAAGAAAGAUGUGAUUUCAGAGCUGACCAAGAAAAAGGAGGUUACUGUACACUGCAAGUUAAGCUCUCGCCAGCAAGCUUUCUAUCAAGCUAUCAAGAACAAGAUAUCUCUCGCUGAGUUGUUUGACGGCAAUCGUGGACAUCUUAACGAGAAGAAAAUUAUGAAUCUAAUGAAUAUAGUCAUUCAGUUGAGAAAGGUCUGUAAUCAUCCAGAGUUGUUUGAAAGGAAUGAGGGAAGCACCUAUCUCUAUUUUGGAGAGAUACCAAAUUCUCUUCUUCCCCCUCCCUUUGGGGAGUUGGAAGAUAUACACUAUCCUGGAUGUCAAAAUCCUAUUACAUACAAGAUGGCGAAACUAAUGCACAGGGAGGCAAGCUCUGGAGCACAUUGUUCAGCAGCUAGGCAUGGUGUUUCCAGAGAAUUUUUUCAGAAGCAUUUUAACAUGUUCUCCCCAGAGAAUAUCCAUCGGUCUAUAUUCACGCAAGAGAAUAACUCCAAUAGCUUGCUUGUUGAGAGUGGGACAUUUGGUUUUACGCAUUUGAUGGAUUUGUCACCAGCAGAGGUUGCAUUUUUGGCAACUGGGUCAUUUAUGGAGAGGCUAUUGUUUUCUAUUUUGAGAUGGGACCGGCAAUUUUUGGAUGGAAUCUUGGACUUUCUAAUGGAAGAGAUAGUAUGUGAUCCUCACUAUCAUGACCUUGAUAGGGGGAAAGUAAGAGCUGUUACUCGAAUGUUAUUGAUGCCAUCUAGAUCUGAGACAAAUGUUCUAAGAAGAAGAUUUGCGACAGGACCUGGUGAUAGUCCAUUUGAAGCUUUAGUCACCUCAUAUCCGGACAGGCUUCUGUCCAACAUCAAGCUUCUUCAUUCGACAUACACAUUCAUCCCACGUGCUAGGGCUCCGCCGAUUUGCUCCCAAUGCUCAGAUCGGAAUUUUGCUUACAAAAUGAAUGAAGAGCUGCAUCAACCCUGGGUUAAGAGGUUGUUAAUUGGUUUUGCCCGUACAUCUGAGUUUAAUGGACCCAGAAAGCCAGAUGGUCCUCACCCUCUAGUUCAAGAGAUUGAUUCUGAAUUGCCUGUUUCACAACCUGCUCUUCAGUUGACGUACAAGAUAUUUGGGUCUUCUCCUCCCAUGCAAAGCUUUGACCCAGCAAAGUUGCUCACAGACUCUGGGAAGCUUCAAACACUUGAUAUAUUAUUGAAACGCUUGCGAGUUGAGAACCACCGGGUUCUAUUGUUUGCACAAAUGACGAAAAUGCUGAAUAUUCUUGAGGACUACAUGAAUUAUAGGAAAUAUAGAUAUCUCCGACUUGAUGGAUCCUCCACCAUUAUGGAUCGAAGGGACAUGGUCAGAGACUUCCAGCAUAGGAGUGACAUAUUUGUGUUCUUACUGAGCACCAGAGCUGGUGGACUGGGUAUCAAUUUGACUGCAGCUGAUACAGUCAUUUUUUAUGAAAGUGAUUGGAACCCAACGUUAGAUUUGCAGGCUAUGGAUAGAGCUCACCGUCUGGGUCAGACAAAGGAUGUUACUGUCUACCGUCUCAUUUGUAAAGAAACUGUUGAGGAGAAGAUUCUACAAAGAGCAAGCCAGAAGAAUACUGUCCAACAGCUUGUCAUGACAGGUGGCCAUGUUCAGGGUGAUCUUUUGGCGCCUGAGGAUGUUGUCUCACUACUUUUGGAUGAUGCCCAGUUGGAGCAGAAGUUGAGAGAAAUUCCAACUCAGGCCAAAGAUAGACAAAAGAAAAAGCCAACAAAGGCGAUAAGGCUUGAUGCAGAAGGAGAUGCGACUUUGGAAGAUUUGACGGAAAAUGAUGCCCAGGGUGGUGGGCAUGAGCAUUCUCAGGAUGCAGAGAAAGCAAAAUCCUGUAACAAAAAGAGGAAAGUUGCUUCUGAGAAACAGACUCUGCCAAAGCCAAGAAAUUCACAAAAGAUGAACGAACAGAACACCACAUUGAUGGACUACGAAUUGGAUGAUCCUUUGCCAAAUGCUGAUCCGCAAUCACAGAGACCCAAGAGGCUAAAGAGGCCAAAGAAGAGUGUAAAUGAAAAUCUUGAACCUGCAUUUACAGUCACACCUAUAGUUGAUUCAGCACAGGUUCAAUAUCCACCUGUGAAUGAGUUUGGAUCUACACAUGCAAACACAUAAAUUAACUGAAUUUUUAUAGUAAAAGGAAGGUUGAACCCAUUGAUGGGGCCGCGAGGCAUAGUUUUCUGGGUGGAUUCCCGUGCGAACUUAUCUCAGAACAGGGAUCAAGUUUCCACUUGUAGAGUUUUUGUUUUAGAAGCAUACUGCUGGAGCGGCAUCCAGGGAAGGCAAGCUUAGAACUGCUAUAGAAUGUACAUAAAUGUUUUAUUUUUGGGUUAGGGGAAUAUUUGGUUCUUGAUUAACUGGUUAGGAAAUCAGAUUGUGUAGAUGCGUUUACUUAAUAUUUAUGGUGUUUAUAUAUUUGGAUGUCUUGUAUACCUCUGUGCCCCACAAUCAGAUGAUGCUGUGUACUGGGGAGGUUUGGCACAGAAAAAUUUAUAAUGAAUCACCAUUUCUCGGCCUUA